CGCUUUACACUGUCCGUUUGGUCAAAAGCAAGCGUGCCAGCGAAGCAUUAAAAGACGCCACCGACACCGAAUCUUGGACUCAAAAGUGGUCGCCUAGCUUCCUCAAUGGGAUGCAAAGAAAUGGGUGUGAAGGUGCAAUGUGUGUGGACUUGGCUCCAUAUAGUGGGCAGAGAUAUUCAAAUAGUUUUAAAGUAUGAAAAUCAUAACAUGCCCAUGAUCAGUUAAAUUUAAAAACCGCAACCGACUUUCCGCAACUUGAAAAACUUUAUGCUCGGCUGGCGUCUCUGAGAGACUUAUAAAUGGGGUACUUCCAAAGAAAUUGAAGUUCAAAGCAGUUCCAGCAGCGAUAGCGAGAUGUACGGCAAAGGAUUACGGUUUCUGCUCGGCCAGCUAGUUUUGGUGGUCCUUUUGGCCCAGGUGAUGGGACGCCUGCACAAGAGGAAUGGCUAUCACUAUAGGCCACAGCAGCCGCCACCAAUUCACCAAGGUGGAUACUUUGAGCCCCAUCAUCCAGCAGUGGACCCUCCCGAGCCGGAGAAGCCACAACAUACCACUAAAACCUACUACAAUCCAUCCGGAGGAGGAAGUGGAGGAUCGACUUCGUCGAGCAAGGGAACCGGUGGCUAUAGCAUUGGCAGUGGCCUGCGAUCCAUUGCCCAGGGAUCAGCGGAUCAGGCGCACAGUGCGGUGACCAACCAACAUGCGGCUGCAAAGCAGGCGGCUUAUAUAGCCCAGAAUACCCUGGCUCAAGCCGCUUCCCAGGCGGCGGCCACAGCUCAAGCGGCGCUGGUGGGAAAGCAAGUGGUACUCCAGGAAUUGGAGCAGCAGGCGGCCGAGGCCCAGCGAUCGCUCUCCCGCGAACUGGAGCAACUGAAGGCGGCCAAGAUCUCCUCCAGACUGGCCCAGCAGACGGCUCAAGCGGCCCACCAUCACAUCUCCGUGCUCACAGCAGCCGUGAAUAAUGCCAAAUCCGUGGCUGAACAGGCGGAGCAGACCUCCACGGAGGUGAACAAUCAACUGGCCUCCCAGUCCCAGAUGGUCGGGCAGUCCAAGAAUCGAUUGGAGCAGGUGGAGGAGCAGUUGCACCAGGCACGAGUGGACUAUGCCGCCACCAAGGAAUCCGCUCUGAAGGCGGCCAAUUCAGCGGCUGCAGCCCAGGUUAAUGCUUCCAAAGCCGCUCAGCAUGCCACAAUUGAAUUGCACGAAAGCACCAAUCCCUCGGCCCACGGACACGAAGGUCAGGAUUUUGGCGGGGAUGAUGACUCCUCCUAUGACGAGCACCUGACCCCCAGCGGAGUUGGCCACACGGCUGGCGGCGAGGAGCUAAGCGAACAUGUCAGAACACCUUAUCAGUGAGGGAUUCCCAAUCCCACAGCACAGUGUAUUAAAAGUAGUCGAAACUGGAUUUACUAUUUAGAUUAAUUAAAAAUUUUAUUUAUGUACAUAAAAUAAAUGCAUUCAAGUCAGACUUA